UGCAGAGUGGACAAGGAUAAGGAACUUCACGCAAAAAAUGCAUCUACCAAUUCAAAUCGUUCGGAAAAUAUACUAUCUGAUUCUUGCCGUUAUUGGAGUUCCUGUUAAUUUAGUUGCAGUCCUGAUCCUGUCACGGGGAAAAUGUGGACUAUCCACCUGCACCACUUGCUACCUUGUGGCCAUGGCAACUGCAGAUCUCCUCGUCAUCAUCACUGAGGUCGUACUGAAUCGAAUCAAUGAUUAUUAUUUCCCAUUAAAUUUCCUGAAAAUCACUCCUGUGUGCAGUGUUCGCUAUGUACUGCUCCGUGCUGCCACAGACUGUUCUGUCUGGUUCACUGUCGCUUUCACUUUUGAUCGAUGCAUUGCCAUUUGUUACCCAAAGCUGAAAUCCAAAUAUUGCACAAAGAAAGCUGCCACAGCGAUCCUCCUAAUAACCGGGAUACUUCUCUGUUUGAAAAACAUUCCAAUAUACUUUAGGUUUAAACCUCGAAGGAUAAUCAACAACGUACCUUGGCGCUGUUCUAAUAAGCCAAGCUAUUUUACUGACUCGAGAUGGAUUGGAUUUCGGAAGUUUGAAAAGAUUUUAACACCUUUGAUACCAUUUGGUUUAAUUCUAUUUCUCAAUGGUGUGACAGUCAGGAACAUUUUAUUGGUCAGUCGAAUUCGCAAACGACUCAAGUGUCACAGCAAGAGAGACUCAGAAACUGAGAGCAGAAGGAAGUCUAUCAUUUUGCUCUUCACAAUAUCUGGCAGCUUUAUACUUCUGUGGUUCAUCUACGUUUUAUUUUUUUUCGAUGUUGAUGAUUUAUUAGAUGAUCAAUCUGCUUAUGUAUUUGAAAACAUUGCAUACAUGCUACGGAACUUAAGUUGCUGCACAAACACAGUUAUUUACGUGAUAACUCAGUCUCAGUUCAGAAAACAACUAAAGGUUUCAAUGAAAUAUCCCCUGUCAUUCAUUAUUGCGUUGAUUAAUAAACAAACAAACUGACAUCAUUCUAAUGUAAAUGAAAAUAAUGUUCUAAAGGUGAACCACACGGGUGAUUUUCACAAUUCUGCAUUUUUUAUGCUGUCUCUUCCUUCAACAGAUAUGUCUCUGCCUAACACUACAGUCUCCCCAACAUUGAUAUGCUCUGUCCCCACUCUGCUCCUGUUUGACAAAUGAUUGCUGUGAAUUCCCUCAUGCAUCAUGCCCUACAGUUUUCAUACAAUCCCUACAGUGUGGAAACAGACCCUUUGGCGCAACAAGUCCGCACUGAACCUCAGAGCUUGAAAUAUUUUAGCUGUCUUAACAUAGUUAACAUUUCGCUUUUCAAUUACGAGGUUAUCCACACAUUUCUCAUAAUGUUGCAUUGCAUUUUUGUAAACAUACACUUGCACAUCCAGUCACAUGGAUGAGGAGCAGGCAUAUACCACGUGCCCUAUGGCGCAUCCCCUGCUUUGAAUAAGAUCAUGAUUUUUCUGACGAUUCGACAUGCCGAUGUAUCCUGAUUUUAAAUUGCUUACCAUAUGUUCGAAUCAUUCCACGUCUCAGUUUCCCAAGGCUUUAGCGAAGGAAAAUUCCAAAAUUAUCCUGUGCAAGACUCUUGUCCUGUCGCUAUCACAAGUGGGAAAUUAUAUAUUUUUGGACAGAGUCUCUGGUUCCAUACAUUUCUUCAUAAAAUAAAGUAUGUUUCUCGCAUUCUCUAUGUCAAGUCACAAAAUUGCUCGCGUUUACAUUAGUUCACAUCUUUGACGUAAUUGGGCCUUGAGUG